ACGGCUACUGAAUCCACGCAGCCACUGUCUCGCUUUGUGAAACACUACGGACGCAAGACUGUUGCUGAGUGAGACAGAAGUGUGAACGCGUUCAGAAGCAAUCUCAUCGCUAAGAGGCAGACAAGAGAGAAAAAUCUCCCAUUUACUGUAACGUUUAAAUGGAUGUGAAAGAGGAGAUGUGUGAGACUGACCUGAAUAUCAUGGAGGAGUGGACCACAAAUGUUAAGGAGGAGGACUGUGAGUGGGAGAGUGUCCACCCCAAACAGGAGAGUCUGGACAUUAAGGAAGAGGACAGUGAACUGGGGUCAGUGAGUUUUAAGGAGGAAAAUGAAGAGAAAUGUGUCAGCACUGAGAUGCACAACUGUGGGAAUAUGGAGAGUUUCGAGGAAGACGACCUUCAUUAUGGACAUCAAGAUGGAGCUGUGACCGGGUUAGUCUCUUCUCAUAGCAGACACUCUUCAUCUCCGGAGUCUUCUAUCAAUGUAAAAUAUGAAUCAUUACAGUCUGACAGAAAGAUGACUGAAGAAAUUUCAUCUCCUAGAACUAAGGAAGGUCAGCCACCACCUAAGACGUCAUCUAAAACAAAGAAAAAGAAGAAGAUGCCAAAAAUGUAUCCAGCUGGCCAGAAGAGUUUACAGAAAGAAUGUCAACGUGAAGAGGAUGUCUCUGAAAAGAGGAACAAAAGAAAGGGUAGGACUAACAUUCAGAGACCCCGCAAAAUUAUAAACCGUAUGAAGGUGAGAGACUGUAAUCCUCAAUAUAUGGGCCCAGAUGAAGACUUAAACAGAUUGGGCUCCAGUUUGGGCAGACGCUGCUCCUUGAAGGACAGUAAAGCCCACAAGCCAUCAGAAUCCUCAAAGACUAACACAGUGAGGCCUGAGAAGAAAUUGUGUCCAAAUCAAACUGGAGAAGAGAAAAAGAAGAAAAUGCCAAAAAUGUAUCCAGCUGGCCAGAAGAGUUUACAGAAAGAAUAUCAACGUGAAGAUGAUGUCUCUGAAAAGAGGAACAAAAGAAAGGGUAGUACUAACAUUCAGAGAUCCCGCAAAAUUAUAAACCGUAUCAAGGUGAAAGACUGUAAUCCUCAAUAUAUGGGCCCAGAUGAAGACUUAAACAGAUUGGGCUCCAGUUUGGGCAGACGCUGCUCCUUGAAGGACAGUAAAGCCCACAAGCCGUCAGAAUCCUCGAAGACUAACACAGUGAGGCCCGAGAAGAAAUUGUGUCCAAGUCAAACUGGAGAAGAUUUUCAAGAGAAUGACAACUUGUCCUCUCUUCAGGUUCAUCCACAGAUUAAACAACCUGAUAAGAAUAGGAAGAAACUGCCAUCUGCAACAAAGAACUUGGUAACGGCCUCUCAGCACCCUAGAUUUCAGCCCAUUGUGAAGCUAACAAGGAUCGAUGCCAUCAAAUCUCAAGGAGUGUACAAUCUAAAUCCAAUCCGCCAACAAUGUGUGGGAACAUUUAAAUACAAAUUGAAUUCUAAAGAUAAUGGAGGGAUUCAUGGGAAUAAGAAACUGUAUCACUGUCUUGAAGGUGGGAAACAAUUCUCAGAUAGUCACAUGCCUAAGAAACGCAGAGAAGAUAAUACAGGGAAGGAGCCAUACCACCGUUCUGAAUGUGUUAAGAACUUUUCAAAACACAGCCAUAUCACAACUCCUAUUGUAGAGAAACCAUAUUUGUCUAAACGUGGCAAACGAUUCUCACAAGUGAGCCACCUUCAGACACAUAUGAUUGGUCACGAAGGACAGGGUUUAUGUUGUUGUCCAACAUGUGGUAAACAUUUCUUUGACAGGAGCAGUCUUUUCAAACACAAAAGAAUUCACACUGGAGAGAAACCAUAUUGUUGUUCUGAAUGUGGCAAACUGUUCUUACAAUCAAUCCAUCUUCAGGAACACAUGAGACUGCACACAGGAGAACGGCCAUUUUCCUGUUCUGAAUGUGGCAAACGGUUCUCACAAUCAAGCCAUCUUCAGAUACACAUGAGAGUGCACACAGGAGAACAGCCAUUUUCCUGUUCUGAAUGUGGCAAAUGGUUCUCACAAUCAGGCAAUCUUCAGACACACAUGAGAGUGCACACAGGAGAACAGCCAUUUUCCUGUUUUGAAUGUGGCAAACGAUUUUCAGAUAGCAGUAGUCAUCUGAGGCAUUUAAGAGGUCACACUGGUGAGAAGCCCUAUGGCUGUCCUGAAUGUGGCAAAAGAUUUUCCAGCACAAGCAAUCUUCUGCGUCAUGCAGGAGUCCACAAUAAAGACCAUCCUUAUGCCUGUUCUGAAUGUGGUAAGAAAUUCUCACAAAGAAGCAGUUUUCAUAAACAUAUAAGAACACACAUUUGAUAGAGGCCAUAGUUGUUUCCUGAUUGUGACAAGUUCUUCACCGAUAACAGCAGCCUUCAUAGACACAACAGAAUUCAUUCUGGAUUACGGCCAUGUUGUUGCUCUGAAUGUGGCAAGCGACUCAUACAACCCUGCAGUCUUCAGUGACAUGUAAGAACUCACACAGGAGAAAAGCCAUACCGUUGCUCUAAGUGUCGAAAAACAUUCAUACAGAAAACUCCUCUUCAGGGACACAUGAAAAUUCAUGCUAAAAAGGCAAAGUCCAAAGAGACUGUAAAUAACAAAAAGAAAAAUCUGAAAUAAUUCAGUCAGGUGUGGAAAGAAAAUUGAAAUUGCUUUGCUAGUUGGUUAUACAGAAUGCAUUUGACAAAAAGUUGCAGACUCAUUUUAGGCAACCCUGCUUAUUAAUUUACUGUAAGUGGCUUUUGCACUAAUGACUAUUGCACAUUGUACACCGGUCUACUAUACAAGUUCUAAUGUUAUUUAUCUUAUGUUAUACUUCUAUGCUUUUUUAUAUUUUAUUGUACUACGAAGUUGAGAGAGAAACCGUAUUUUGAUUCUCCGGUAUGUUCUGAACAUAUAGUGAAUUGACAAUA